CUCUCUUUCACCGUUCUUCAAAAAGUCCAUCUCUUUACGAAAACCCAUAUAUGAUAUUUAACGAUUCGCCAUCGCAUUGCAGAUAGCAAGCAUCAGAUCUCUUUGUUUCACACUCACUCCAAUCUUUUCAAGGGAUAUACAUACAGUUUCGGUGGUUUGGAGAGGUCGAAUUCGAUGGAUUCGUCUAUGACGAGCCAGGCUCCGGAAUUCGAUUAUCUAUUCAAGUUGUUGCUGAUCGGAGACUCUGGGGUUGGAAAGAGCAGCCUCCUCUUGAGUUUCACCUCCGAUACCUUUGAAGAUCUCUCUCCCACCAUCGGCGUGGACUUUAAGGUAAAAUUGGUUACCAUUGGGGGAAAGAAAUUGAAGCUUGCAAUUUGGGACACAGCUGGACAGGAGAGGUUCAGAACAUUAACAAGCUCAUAUUAUAGAGGAGCACAAGGUGUUAUAAUGGUUUAUGAUGUAACAAGACGAGACACAUUUACAAAUCUUGCGGAUAUAUGGGCUAAGGAAAUCGAUCUCUACUCAACUAAUCAAGAUUGCAUCAAGAUGCUUGUUGGAAACAAAGUUGAUAAGGAAAGUGGAAGGGUUGUCACAAAGAAAGAGGGAAUUGAUUUUGCUCGGGAGUAUGGAUGCCUUUUCCUUGAAUGUAGUGCAAAAACUCGAAUUAAUGUACAGCAGUGUUUUGAAGAGCUUGUUUUAAAGAUAUUGGAUACACCUAGUCUCUUGGCGGACGGAUCAACAGGUGUCAGGAGGAACAUUUUCAAACAGAAACCACCGCCUACUGAUGCUUCUACUAGUGGCUGUUGUUGACAAAUGAUGAUUAUAGGUACACUUUGUUUUUCACACAUUUGCAAAAUCUCCUUGACAGAUGCAGUGGGUGUAAUGAUGGUGUUGGUGGUAGUGAUGGAUUUCUUCUUUUUCUAUGUUCGAUGUGAAUCUGUAAAGUAAGACUCAAGAUAUUUCAUUUGAUUGCAAGUUUGCUACCCUUGGUAAAGUAUAUUCCUGAAACCCCACCACCCUUCAGUGGAAUUUUUGCAUCUCUUUUGUAAUAAUAUCUGCACCAUUUAGUCCUA